AUGGACCUUCUCUCCCAUCAGACAGCACCCCUCCACGGUCUCCAUAGGACCAAACUACCGGAUGACUACACCCCUACACCAUCACACCAGGGGCAUAAAAACACAUCUCCUGAUGACAUCCCCACCAGACAACCCUACUCUACAUCCUACCUCAUACCACCCCACUCCAGGACCUCCGGGAUCCCUAGAAGAACCACCUCAGACCUUCCACCCAGAUCCCCACCCCCUCUUCUGGCACCCCUACUCCCCCCUCCUACGGAACACCACCACCCCACACCACCCCCAAGACGACCAAGCCGGAAUACAGACACCCCGAAAAACAACCCCUCAUACAGGGACAGACCACCUGAACACCAGCCCUCUGGCAAUGGGAACAGACACGGCGGGCUGAAACAUAGGAGCUACCCCUAUGCCAGGCACCCCUCUACCCCACCACGUCCAACGGAUACUCCCAAACAUCAUGCACACAGAGAUGGAGAUCACACCCCAAGACCAUUCAUUCGGAGUACACAUCUUAAACCCUUCUCCAGACAUUCUACGUCUCGGACCCAACCAGCAGACCAAAUGGAGCUAUCUACCCCACCCCAAUCAACACCUUCAACCACACAGCUCCAUAGGACCGUACAUCCUACACGCAGCACUACUCCUAGGAGGACAGGUAGCCCAGCAGAUCAGCAGACCUCUAAGGGCACCACCCCUAACCACCAGGUUAACCUGGUCUCACCAACCAAUAACAAAAUGGAGGAACACUACACCACUGGAGCACCACCUAUCCCCCCCAACCUCAACACCACGGUCACUCUCCAAGCUGAUUAG